AUGCAUGACAGCUUCUGCACCUUCCAGCCACCUUCCCCUGCGGACGUUCUGGAGGAACGCCUCCUACUAGACUCCAUUGCUUGGCCUGAAACUUCAAUUCUACCAGAUCCUCUUUCCCUGGAGCAGACCAGUGAUCCUGCCCACAGCAGCUUCACCAUUCUCCCACAAGGGAGGGGAGGAGGAGAGUGGCGCGUAGGGGAUCAGCUGGAAGUUAUGAUCAAAAUGUAUGACUUUAAGGGUCGCCCAAAAACGUCUGGGGGAGAUCUGUUAUUCUCCAGGCUGCACAACCUGAAGCUUGGUGCAGGACUGGACAGUGAAAAUUCUGGUUCUCUGUCCCGUCAGGUGACGCUGGUUCACCCUAGUGAGGCUGUCACAGUGCUGCGCAGGCUGAACAGUGAACAGCCAGACAGGGUUUAUUUCCACAGCCUCUUCCGUUCUGGCUCUCUUUCUGAAACCACUACCUGUAACGUCUGCCUACGUCCAACCCAGCAGCCGCUGUGCAAUUACACUGACCUCCGUACAGGCGAGCCUUGGUUCUGCUACAAGCCAAAGAAGCUGAGCUGUGAUACCAGGAUCAGCCACUCCAGGGGAGUUUUUAAAGAAAACCUCAAGGCAGGGGAAGAGAAACUCUUUCAAAGUGGUGUCAACAUGAAAGUCUCUGUUCGGGCUUCGGGAGCUGCCAGUGUCACUGUGAUGCCAAAAAAGAAAGGUCAACCGGAGGUGAAGAGCAGCAUUGUGAAGUCUGGACCCUCUGGCUAUUACUACCAGGGUGUGUGGCGAGCAUUGGGUGGCACCACAGUUCACCAGUUCAACACCUCCUCUGCCAUCAGUCAGUGUCUGAAAGGCAAGAAGGUCCACCUGUAUGGAGACUCCACCAUCAGGCAGUGGUUUCAGUACUUCAAAGCAGCACUGCCAGACCUUAAGGAGUUUAACCUGCGCGGCCCGAUGCAAGUUGGACCUUUCAUGGCCUUGGACUAUGCGAACAACAUCUUGGUGACAUAUCGCUGCCACGGUCCUCCUCUCAGUUAUACCAUUGUUCCAACCGCCGAGCUGCGUUACGUUGCCAAUGAACUAGAUGGCUUAACUGGAGGCAUCGACACUGUCGUAGCUCUCAGCAUCUGGGCUCAUUUCACCCCUUUCCCCAUGGAGGUCUACAUCCGGCGGCUGCAGAGCAUCCGCAGGGCGGUGGUGCGGCUACUGGACAGGGCUCCAGGCACACUGGUCGUCAUCCGGACCGGGAACCCCAGAGCUUUGACUUCUACUAUGGCACUAGGCUACAGCGACUGGUAUGCGGUGAACGGUGACAAAGUGCUCAGAGCUGUGUUCAAAGGUCUGAAUGUUCAUCUGGUGGAUGCCUGGGAGAUGUGCCUCGCCCACCACCUGCCGCACGACGUCCACCCACCUCCUCCCAUUAUUAAGAAUAUGAUUAAUGUUCUCUUGUCCUACAUAUGCCCUAAAAAGGGCGGUUAGAUGUGUGGUUGCUCACUAACUGUAGCA